AACCACUGUCUAACAGAACCAAACAACAAUGGGCAGGAAGCACAACGGCCGCGGAGGCCAGGCCGGCAAGCACAAUGACCGCAGGAACCGCCAGAAGCCGCAGCGCAGCGGCGCCAACGACUGGAACAACAUCACGCCCGAGAACAUGCAGAACACCAACUUUGAGGAGUAUUACAAGGCGCAGAACAUUGUGCCCGAGGACGAGUGGGACAGCUUCAUCAACAUCCUCAAGGACGAGCUCCCGACCACCUUCCGCGUGACGGGCUCGCGCGCCCACUCGUCGGUGAUCAACAGCCUUAUCAAGGACACGUACGUCCCCUCGAUGCAGGACUGCGAGGUCGACGGCGUCAAGUACGACCCGCCGCAGGCGAUCGGCUGGUACCCCGAGGGCCUGGCAUGGGAGCUCUCGGCCCCCAAGCGCAUUGUCCGCAAGCAGCCCGCCUUCAAGUCGUUCCAGCGCUUCUUAGUCGGCGAGACUGAGGUUGGCAACCUCAGCCGACAGGAGGCCGUCUCGAUGAUCCCUCCCCUCCUCAUGGACGUCGAGCCGCACCACCGCUGCCUCGACAUGUGCGCUGCCCCUGGAUCCAAGACUGCCCAGAUCAUCGAGGCGCUCAACCCCCACCACACCGAGUCGACCGGCAUGCUCAUCGCCAACGACGCCGACUACAAGCGCACCCACAUGCUCGUGCACCAGACCGGCCGCAUGCCCUCCAAGGGUCUGGUCGUCACCAACUUUGACGCCACCAUGUUCCCCAACAUCAGCCUGGGCAACGGCGAGACCCUCAAGUUUGACAGGAUAUUGGGCGAUGUUCCCUGCUCUGGAGACGGCACCAUGCGCAAGAACCGCGAGAUCUGGCGCAAGUGGUCGCCGAUGGACGGCAAUAGCCUCCACAUUGUCCAGCUCCGCAUCCUCGACCGCGCCAUGAACAUGCUCAAGCCUGGCGGACGCCUCGUCUACUCGACCUGCUCGUUCAACCCUGCCGAGAACGAGGCCGUUGUCGCUGCUGCGCUCAACGCUCACCCUGGCGAGUUCUCGAUUGUCGACGUCUCGGACAAGCUCCCCAACCUCAAGCGCCGCCCCGGUAUCACGACCUGGAAGGUUGCCAGCCACCCCGACGGCAAGAACAUCUACCACGAGACGUACGAGGCUUACCGCGCCGCUGUCGAGGCUGGCGAGGAGCGCGACAAGGACAAGGACAAGGGCAUUCCCAAGACGGUCUGGCCCCCUGCCAACGCCACCGAGCUUGGCCUCGAGCGCUCGCUGCGUCUCCUCCCCCACGACCAGAACACUGGCGGUUUCUUCGUCUGCGUUCUCGAGAAGAAGAUCACUCCGGAUGUCGUCGCCCCUGACGCUGUCCGCGUCAACAUUGACGAGCUCCCCGAGGCUGAGGAGGGUGUUGAGGCUAUUGACGACAAGGGUGCGCUCUCUUUAAAGCGCCAGUUAUCCCCCAGCGUCGAGGCUGCCGAGGUUGCGGCCAAGAAGGCCAAGGUCGAGGCCGGCACUGCCACCAAGCGCGAGAAGCGUGACCUUGCUUUCCGCGAGGACCCCUUCUCGUUUGUCGACCCCAACCACACCGAGGUGGAGAGCAUUGUCCAGUGGUUCCAGCUCAAGGACUCGUUCCCCCGUGACAAGCUCUUAGUCCGCAACGAGUACGGCAACCCGUUACGCACCAUGUACAUCGUGAACGACGUCGUCAAGGCCGUCAUCAGCAACAACGACUACACCCGUUUGCGUAUGAUCUCGGCUGGCGUCAAGGCGUUUGUGCGCCAGGACAGCCAGAAGCGCGACGAGAUUGGCUGCAAGUGGCGUGUGUCCUCGGCCGGCAUCCUCGAGGUGCUUCAGGACGUGCCCGCCGAGAAGGUCCACACGAUCGACCUUGAGGCGUUCCGCACCCUUGAGGAGGAGAUGUACCCACCUAUUGACAAGUUCACUGGUGCCUUCAAGGAGCUGCUGGACAAUGCCGAGGUUGGCAACCUGUUGAUCAAGGUUGAGGCCGGUGAGGGUGCUGGCGGCAAGCUUGACCUGCCAAUGUACUUGCCUGUGUGGAAGGCCAAGAACUCGAUGUCGCUUCUUAUCGACAAGCGGGAGAAGAGUGUGCUUUCCGAGCGUGUCUUCGGUUCCGACAUUUGCAAGCCUGCGCCUCCCAGGAAGGAGAAUGUCGGCGGCACCGACACGCCUGAUGUGCUGGCGACUGAGCGCAACACGCCGCUGUUUACUGAGGGCGAUGAAGACGCCGAGGGCGAGGAGGUGGAUGAGGAGGUGGGAGCGGACGACGAGGAGGCGGCGCUGAAUGCUUAGCUGUGAGGCAAGACGCGGGCGUGUCUAGACGCCGGCUACUUACACAGAUAGCGCGCUUCUUGUUGCGCCUUGAUAGAACUGCAACGAUUGUACGGCACUGUAGAGGUAUCAUGUCAUGGGUC